AUGGCAGACGAGUGGCCCACCGUCGCGUCCGAGUACAAAAUCAUUGAGCAGAUCGGCCAAGGCGCGUUUGCCAAGGUAUGGAAAGCCUACUGCGUGGCCAAGAAGAUUCACGUGGCCAUUAAGAUCAUGGACCUGGAGAAGAUCACCACGAGCUUUGAAGAUAUUCGGGCGGAAGUGCAGACGAUGAAGAUGACGAACCACCCGAACGUGCUCAAGUGCUACUGCAGCUUCGUGCACAAGGACCAGCUCUGGCUUGUUACGCAGCUCAUGAACAAAGGCUCGUGUCUGCACGUGAUGAAUCUGCUCAAGAAGAAGGGGCUGGGGGAAGGCCUGAAGGAGGACUUUGUUGCAGUGAUUCUGCACGAGACGCUCAAGGGACUGCUCUACUUUCACGAGAACGGCCAGAUCCAUCGAGACAUUAAAGCUGGCAACAUUCUAUUGGACAGCGAGGGCCACGUGGUGAUUGCUGAUUUCGGCGUGUCCGGAUGGAUGAUGGAGGGAGGGGAUCGACGGAAAAACCGGCAGACAUUUGUCGGCACGCCCUGCUGGAUGGCGCCAGAAGUCAUGGAACAAGUGCGUGGCUACGACUACAAAGCCGACAUUUGGUCGCUCGGCAUCACUGCUUUAGAGCUUGCCAAAGGCUACGCGCCGUAUGCACGUUUUCAGCCCAUGAAAGUGCUGCUGCUCACUUUGCAGGAGGACCCACCGUCGCUCCGGACGUAUGAUGAUGACGGCAGCGGUCACCAGUUUGGACGACACUUCAAAGAUGUGGUCAAGCUCUGUUUGCAAAAAGACCCGUCGAAGCGUCCUGGUACGUCAGCGCUUUUGAAGCACAGCUUCUUCAAAAAGGCAGGAGAUACAACCUACCUGGCGCGGAACCUCCUUAACAACAUCGAAGAUAUUGGAGAGAGCUGCAUGACGGCUGGUAUUGCAGACGCCCUGCCGGGCGCUGGACCGCUCUAUGCGAAGGGAACGAAGGGGCCUCCGGGCUCGGAAGCUGAGGGAUCCAAGUACGUGCCGGGGACGACUUGGGUUUUCGAUGAUGAAGACGAUGAUACCGCCAAGUUGUCCAUGGACGAUUUCGCCAGCCAAUUUGAUAUGGUGACCGGGGGUGAGGAAUUCCGCUCGAAAUAA